CACAUAAUCAAUUGGAAGAGAUGGCCGAUGGAGGUAAGGAUUCAGUUUUGGGAGAGAGAAAUAACAGUGAUCAAAAGAGGAGAGAAUCUUCUUCAGAUGAAAACAGUUGCUCUUAUUCAAAGUAUGAAAAGGAUGAGCCUGAGCUUAAGGGACCUAUAAGGACUUUCUCUCAAUAUAAAGAAUAUGUUCAGGAGUAUCGUGACAAAUAUGAUAGCUAUUGCUCCUUGAACAAGAUUCUGGAGAGUUACAGGAAUGAGUUUCUUAAACUAGGCAAGGACUUAGAAUAUGCUAAAGGCAGGGACAUGGAUAGAUAUUAUAACAUCUUGGGCCAGCUGAAGGAAUCCUAUCAACGAUGUGGAGAGAGGCACAAGAGGCUGAAGAAAAUAUUUGUCGUGCUUCAUGGGGAACUCGAGCAACUUAAGCAAAGGAUCAAAGACUUCGCUCACUCGUAAUAUAAGACUGCUGAUAGCAAGUACCUUUGUGUAUUUUAUACAGAAAUUAAAAACUCUUCCUUCAGGCUUUAGAAGUUCGAGGUGGUACAUUACAGUCAAUAGAGUAGAUAAAUUCUUGUGUAGAUUUGAUGUCCUGCUUGUCCCUGCCCCCUCCAAAUCUCAUUGUAACCAUAGACCUGUACAUAAUUUUUUUUUUUUUUUUUGGGUUCAUGUACAUUUCUCCUCAGCCCAGGUCCGGCAUUUUUGUUUAGCCUGACCUUUUUAAUGUUUAAUCCUGGGAAGGACAUUUGAUCAAUUUAAUUUUUCUUUUCCUUCUGAAACAAACAGGUUGAGCUAGGCUCAGCUGGGAAGAGUUGUAGGAUCGACGGUGAAGUUCAUAAUUUAUUUAA